AUGUUCUCGCAGGUGCAGGAGGGCGCGCGGCGGUCGUCCGAGGCGGCGGCGGCGGCGGCGGGUGGCGCGCCGGGUUCGGCGGCGGCAGCCGACGCGAAAGAGCGCGCAGCCGCCCACACGCACUCGCACGCGCACGCCCACGCCCACGCUCACGCCCACGUGCACGUGCCCCCGGCGGGGCCCGCCGGGGCGGACGCCGAGCCCAUGCAGCCGCAAGACCUCAAGCCCGUGGAAUGCAACCUGUGCCAUCGCAAGUUCAAGAACAUCCCAGCGCUCAACGGGCACAUGCGCCUGCACGGCGGUUACUUCAAAAAGGACUCCGAGACGAAGAAGUGCGAGAAGAAGGAGACGGCGGGCCCGCCGCUGCAGACGGCCAGCAUGAGCGUGCGGGCGCUCAUCGAGGAGAAGAUCAUCCAGAAGCGGACCACCAACCCGCAGCUGCUCAACCUCGGAGGCAAGUGGCGGAGUCCGCAGGCACGGAGCGCAGGUUAUAACCUAUAGGCCGACGCCAUUCGAUGUCUCAUUCGAUAGCCCCGCCGGGCAG